AUGCGGGCCCCUCGCGCGGCCCAGAAGCAGCACGCCUCGAGACUCCUGCGUCUUCACCAAAUGACGGCCCAUGCUCCGAGGCCCCGACUUCUCCCCCCAGCACCCCCUCAGCCCGACCCGACAGGGGGCGUAGACAAAACGCAGGCGGCGAGAGACUUCAACUCGUGGCUCCGCGAAGACGGCGCCUGCGGGUAUGGGUACUCAGUGUGGCUAGGCCCCAGCGAAGUGACCUACGGCAGCGGUCGGGUCCUACUCGCUGAGGUCUACGACGCAGAGGUGGAAGGCGCCCUCGAGGGGCUUCGAGCGGCACUCACGUGGUCCCCCAGGACCCCGGACCAGCAGUGCCGGAUAGUCGUCUGCCUUGAUAACUCUGCGGCUAUAAGAGCCAUACGAGGCAGCCCAUCGAUCUCGUCGCAAGCGGCGGCGGAGAAGUUCGCUGAGGCCGCGGCUCGGCACGGAGACGUCAGGACGCGCUGGUGCCCCGGCCAUACGGGGAUCGCCGGCAACGAGCGGGCCGACCAGCUAGCAAAGGAGGGCUGCCGGGCCUCGGCCCGGACAGGCCGCCGACGACUGGUGGGCCGCGGGGGCCCCGAGCAGCUACAAGAGCCUAGGGCUCAAGGCCUCGCUCGGGUGCCCCCCGGAGCUGCACACCAAACGACAGCACCUCCAUCACCUGCUCGCUGCGAGGAGCGGGCACGGGGACUUCGCCGACUACCACGAGAGGUUUAA